AUGCAACAAGCUUUAUCUUCGAAUAUAGCCAUUUCUGGAGAUAUAUUGAAAAAAAUUUUAGUGUCUAAUCGAAUAGAUGCAUAUGAUCAAGCACAAGAAAAUAAUUCAGAAAUCUCACCACUUGAUAUUCUUGAUGCUAUAACUUUCACUAAUAGAGCUUGGAAAAGUGUUAAAUCUAGUACUAUUAGAAACUGUUGGAGAAAAAUGAAUAUUUUACCUGAUGAGCAGGAUUCUGAUCAAGAUACUUUUAUGGGUGAUGUUGGUGAUGUUACUGAAAUUGAUGAUGUUACUUCUGAAUUACAAGAAUAUAAUAAUCGAUUGGACCUAGAAAAUUCAUUGAGUGCAGAAACUUUCAUCCGUAUUGAUGAUGAAAUACCAAUAGAAGAACUGACUGAUGAUCAAAUUGUAGAAGCAGUAAGUCAAGAAACAGUAGUUGAAACUAAUGAUCCAGAAGAGGAAGAAAAAGAAGUAGCAGUUAUUUCUAAUAUGGAAGCCCUUGACAGUAUAGAAAAAAUUAUCAAAUAUUGUAAAAACCCGCCUGAUAAUUUCAAUGUUAAAAUGGAAGAACUAAAAGCUUUUAAUUCCAUGAAAGAAAAAAUAAAAAGAUUAAAUCGAGAAUCUGUACAGCAAGUUACUUUGGAUA